GGUUCCUCGCUAGUGGAUGGGCGUGACAGCCGUGACUAUGGCCCUCCCGCCAACAAAAUGAGACGCAUGGACAGGGGUGGGGGGAAUGACGACCGUCGUGGGCGGGCUCGUUCCCCCCAAAUGCGUCCUCCACCCUCACGCAAGUUGCCCCAACGGGAACAUCACUUCAGCCCCCGACGUGCCUGGGAUGAGUCGCCCCACAGUCGCAGGGGUCGCCAUGUCUCUGGCCCAGCUGGACUUCCAAUGAUGAAUGACUACCAGCUUAGGAAAAAGGUCAAGGCCAGGAAGGGAAAGCCCAGGCCUGAUGCUAAGGAUAAUAAGGCCCCUGCCAAGGACCAGGAGAAGGGGAAGGAUGAAACAGCUUCAACAACAGCAGCAGAAACAGCAGCAGGUGUCCAGGAGGGAGUCAAAGCUGAGGGUGAUGGUACCCCAGCUGCAGCUGGCCCCAACAAGAG